CCGCAACUUCCUUCAGUUUCCACUAAAAUCGGAACAAAAAAAUUCACACACUCACCGACACCACCAAUAAUGUCAUCUUCUCCGGCGAUUCUUCCCGUGACCAACCAGCAAGCAGCCACUCAAUCUCAACCUCCAAUCAAUUCUCACGCCUUCCGUACAUUCCUCUCACGUCUCUCAUCCUCUCUCCGCGAAAGCCUCUCUCAACGCCGUCCAUGGCUAGAACUCGUAGAUCGGAGCUCCUUCGCUAGACCUGACUCUCUGACCGAUUCCUUCUCCCGGAUCCGUAAGAAUCUGGCUUACUUCAAGGUCAAUUACUCCGCAAUCGUCUCCUUAGUCCUCGCUUUCUCCCUCCUAUCGCAUCCAUUCUCUCUUCUCGUCCUCCUCUCGCUCUUAGGCUCGUGGAUGUUUCUCUACCUCUUCCGAUCUUCAGAUCAGCCUUUGGUUCUCUUUGGUCGAACAUUCUCAGAUCGUGAGACUUUGCUUGCUCUGGUUUUGACUACGAUUGUGGUUGUGUUUAUGACGAGUGUUGGAUCUUUGUUAACAUCGGCUUUCACGAUUGGAAUCGCGAUUGUUUGCUUACACGGUGCGUUUAGGGUUCCUGAUGAUUUGUUCUUGGAUGAUCAAGAGCCUGCUAAUGCUGGUUUACUCUCUUUCAUUGGUAAUUCUGCUGCUGCUUCUGUUGUUGCAGCACGAGUUUGAUCCUACAAGGCAUUCGUAUUUUCGUAUUCCUAGUGGUAAAGUUUUGAGUAUAGAUUAUGAAGCCUGUGGAAGAUUUAGAUCUAAAGAUGUAUUCUUGUCUUGUAUUCAGAACAAGUAUUUUCACACAUUGUAAGAUCCCAUUUACUUUUAAUCAAUUUGAUACUCUUGUUGCUCUUA